AUGGCAGAAGCCAGGACCCUGUUAACAGUAAUCAUCACUACUUCAGUGACGCCAACAGCUCCUUCGACAGAGCUGAUCUCGACAGCUUUGGAAUCUUUUCGGAGCUUCUGCCCUGAUUUGCUGACAUGCAAUGUUAUUGUUGUGUUUGACGGAUAUGAUGAAAUCCAGUCCACUCCCCGGCUAAAGAAGGGCAGGGUAACGCCAGAGCAGGCGAAAAGCUAUGGCAUUUACAAGACUAAUGUCAAGAACCUCAUCCUAAAACAAUACGGGAAACAUGAGCCUCAAGUGACUUUCGUCCAGUCUGAAGGAGAGGCAGAAUUUGGCGGGCUGAGAGCUGGCCCAAACACCGUACAAUUUACGACCAGUGUGAAUCUUGACAAGACAGUAUCUUUCAUAGAGCCGAGCAAGCGAAUAGGUUUCGGCCUUGCGGUUCGUACGGCACUUCGCAUGACAGAUACGCCGUACGUAUGGGUUCAUCAGCAUGAUUGGGUCUUGUCAGCAGAUAUCCCACUGGGGGCCUUGUUGGAUGUCAUGCAAGCCUCGAGUUCGGAACCUGAACGGCCCGUCAAAUAUAUCUGUUUGCCAUCGCCACGGAAUCUAUCAUAUGAUACGUGUGGUGAAGUAGUAGAAUUUCCUACCUUGAAGGCGUUGACCGCCUCGCUCAAGGCAGAGUUCAGCCCCAAGCUUUACCCUGAUGUAAAGAUCGCGCUGACGCCUCUGUUCCACUGGUUUGACAAGCCCCAUAUUGCCUCGAGGGCUCACUAUUUGGAGAGAGUGUUCCCCUCGCGGCUUGCCAUGCUUCGUGGAGAUUUUAUUGAGGAUAAGAUUGGACAUGUUUGUAGAACCCAAAUGAAGGAUGGACAGUGGUCAAAAUGGGCGACGUGGCUCUACUAUCCAGGGGAAGGGCAAACUCACUGUGUGACACACCUCCACGGCCGAGUCUGGGUUGGAAAGGAGGCCGAGGACAAGAAGAUUGCCGAAUGGAGGUCGAAGGGGUUGGCACAAGCCCCCAAGCAAGGCCCUAAACCUGAACCUGUAUACGACACCGCGAUCUUCCAACAGGAUUCUGAGGAAUGA